AUACGGCUAUGGUUGUUGUACGGUUAACUCCUGAAGGGACUGUAAAAUAUAAUUCUGAAAAGUCUAGAUUUAUCGAUAAUUUACAAAAUGAGCUUAUUGAAAGUAUCCCUACUAAUUCAGGGAGAUUACAAGUUACAAAUCGAUUUCAAUAUGACCCAUCAGCGCCAUUUGCUCAAUAUUUAUUGCAAAUUAAAAUCUUAUCCACUAAUGAUUAUGAUCAAGCUUCUGUAUCUCAAAUUAUUAAUGAUAUGAAAGUACUAAUUAAAGAUAAAGAUACUUCAAUAAUGUCAAUCAAUAAUUAUACAAAAUAUUUGGAUUCAUCGUAUGGGCUUACUGUAAAUAUUAAUUUUUGGGAUGAGAUUAUAUUCAAAUUAAUUGGAUUAUUGAUUGGAUGUAUCAUUUUAAUUAUCAUUGCUCUAUGGGCCUGUCGUAGAUAUCCCAAG